GUCGGCUUCAAUUCUUCAGCACUUCAAUUCCUGACUACACUAUAUCAUCAGCGUUGAACUCGUCUAAACUUUUCAACAGACGCAAACAAUAACAAUUGCUGACCAACUCUUGUUCAUUCACAUUCUCACAAGGAAGCCAACCAGAUCUACUAUCUCGAAGCACAAGAUGGCGUCCAACAAUGGCCUCACCAUGACCGUCCUCGGCUGCGGUAUGUAUCUAAUCUCUGAUUCUCCAAAAUUUAUCUUAACCAUGAAUAGGUACCAUGGGCAUUGCUAUCCUUAACGGCAUUCUGACGUCAUUGGGCGAGCUCAAGGCUAAUGGCACCGCUCCGUCUACAGAGACACCCGCUUCUCUUCCCUCAGAGUUCAUUGCCUGUGUUCGUAGCCAGCGCAGUGCAGACAGAAUCAUCAAGACCCUGGGCGACAAUGCCUCCGGUGUCAACGUCGUCCGUAACGACAAUGUUGCCUCUGUGAAGAAGGCCGAUGUUGUUCUCCUGGCUUGCAAGCCCUAUAUGGUCAAGGGUGUCCUGGGCGAGGCUGGUAUUGCUGAUGCUUUGAAGGGAAAGCUGUUGAUCAGUGUUUGUGCUGGUAUCACUGUCGAAGAUAUGGAAACCGCCCUCUACGGUGAGGUCCCUAAGCAAAGCCCAACCGAGGAUGGCCGAUGCCGUUGCGUUCGCGCCAUGUUCAACACCGCCGCCCUCAUCAGAGAAUCCAUGACAGUUAUCGGCAUCAGCGACCCUCCUCUGUCUGACGAAUCGGAGAAGCUCAUCACCUGGAUUUUCAAGCAAAUUGGUGAUGUUGUCUACCUCCCACCUAACAACAUGGACGCUUCCACCGCUUUGGCUGGUUCCGGCCCAGCCAUGUUUGCCCUCAUGCUUGAGGCCGCCAUUGACGGUGGUGUUGCCAUGGGCCUUCCAAGAGCAGAGGCACAGCGCAUCGCUGCCCAGACUAUGCGUGGUGUAACUGGCCUUGUCCAGAGCGGUGAACAUCCUGCCAUCCUUCGUGAAAAGGUCUGCACCCCAGGCGGCUGCACCAUUGGCGGGCUUCUUGUUCUGGAAGAGGGUGGUGUCCGUGGCGCCGUUUCCAGAGCCGUUCGUGAAGCUACCACAGUUGCUAGCCAACUUGGCAAGGGUGUCCAAGGUGUCAAUGGCACUCGCCACAACUAAACACUAUGAUGAGCCAUACAAACAUGAAGUUAGAUGAUACAAAAGUUUUCGAUUGAUUUAAAAAUGCAACUUGCUUUUACCAAGCUGUGUCUAGCUUAAUGUUACAUGUGAACCUAUGAAAUAACCCCAAACGCCCAGUUACAGUCCGGCCUCUCGUCUAGUGUUACUCAUCAUCAACCCUAGCCUUCUUCGAUGACGUCUCGUCGUCGUCGUCAAGCUUUCUCUUUCCAUUCGUCUGACCGCUUGAGCUGCCUGACUCAUCUGCUUCUGACGCCUUGGAGGGGUUUAGAAUGAGUGCGUAGCCGUAUUCAACUUGGUUCAGAGUCUCAUGCAGCUUCUGAACCCUGUCAGCAUGCUCCAUUUGGCUGAGAGCCUCUCUGUUAUGACGGUAAAGCCUUUGCUUGGCGAAAAUCUGCCACAGACGUUCGAGGUGACGAUCUUCCUUUGUGGAAGCGGGCUUCUUCACUUCGAUUUCAACCGUUGGUUGGACAGAUUCUGGCAGUUGUGACAUGAUUUGCAUUUCCAAGACUCUGUUAAAUUGUCUUGGUGCAAUCUUAGACGCACGGCGAAUAGCGUCGACGUCUCCACCGCUGAUGAGAGAUGGGACCGAGCCAGAGUGAGGGACAGCGGCGGCCUCGUUGAGCUUCAAGGCGCUAAAGGUAGGGAGAGAUCGUAAGAAUUUGAGAUCACAGACGUCGCGGAUCUUGUCAAAUCCCUCGUUAGGGUUCUCGAUUGUGAAUUCAAGAGUGGACGCCUCGUUAUAAUAGUGCUUGAAGAUGGUUUCAUACAGUCUUGUACCAAGUCCCUUGCUCUGGAAGGGCGGUAGAAUGAUGAAUUGCGAGAGACGCGUACGGCUUGGCAUCGAGGAGAAUGUUAGAUUCUGAGUUGGGAGCUCCCAGUCCUGUUGAGGUGAGGGAGGCGGCGAUGGCGGCUGGAAGUAGAAGAAACGAUAGACAGUUGAGUAACCGGCAAAGACGUAUGAGCUUUUGGAGCUAUCUGACGCCGGACUCGAUUUGCGGUAAAGGAGAAACAGGGUCCAGCGAUCGUCAUCAGAAGGAGCCUCAACAUCGUCAUCAAGAUCUUGGAUGAACGAUCCGCCCUCGAUGAAGAGGGGAACAAGCACCUGCAAACGGGCAUUGAGUUGCUUGAUGGCAGGGUCUUCCAAACCACCCUUCCAGAUUUCGUACGUGGCAUCAGGGCCCUCAAAUGAGGCAUGCAGCUCGCCUGGAGGAGUCCAGUCAUCUGUCAUCUUCUGGGAGUUCGAUUCGAAAUCGGCAGCUUUCGUAAACGCAACUAUAAAGCAUUAGUACACCAAAGGAAGAGAAUGACGCAAGCGGGCAGCUACAUACUCUCGGGGAGACAACCAUCGGUCUUCAUCAUAUCGACAACAUCCAUCGCAGUGGUCUCGCCAAUUGGUUUGAACUUCUCGCUAUAUUUCAUCUGUAAGUUGGGGCGCAUGUCAUUGGCACGGUAGCGCAAGUUAAUAUCCAACUUGGUGUACCCGAAGACCUGUUGCUCCUCGCCAAAGAUGGUGUACGUAAAUUCAGGAUUGAACUUGGCGAUUUCCUUAAGCCCGGUGGACGAUGGCUCAACCA